AUGCUUCCCGGGGUGGGCGUGUUCGGCACCAGCCUCACGGCCCGUGUCAUCAUCCCGCUGCUGAAAGACGAGGGCUUCGCGGUGAAGGCGCUGUGGGGCCGCACGCAGGAGGAAGCGGAGGAGCUGGCCAAGGAGAUGAGCGUCCCCUUCUACACCAGCCGCAUUGACGAGGUGCUGCUGCAUCAGGACGUGGACUUGGUGUGCAUCAACCUGCCGCCGCCCCUCACCAGGCAGAUCGCUGUCAAAACCCUGGGUGAGCGACCCCCUCCCCCCUCCCCUGCAGCCUUCCUUCCUUCCCUGCUGCUCUUCUGCUCUCGCCCCCUCUUCAUCCCCGAGGCUUACGAGGCAUCUACGCCGGCCCGGGGACCUGAGAUGCCACAGGCCACUCGGAGCUCCCUCCUUCCUCAUCCCCGGCCUUCCCAGCCUCUGCGCUUCUCUCCUCCCUUCUGGCACCACCUGGACGCGCCUUCCCACGUGUGUGGCGCGGAGGCUGGAGGAGGCGUGUGUUCCCGGGAUGUCGACCAGGCGGAUCGGAUGCCGAGGACUGGGCAUGGGCUGCUCGGAGGGAGAGAAACUCAGUCCCCAGCUGUGUCUGUAGUGCCCGGAGUGUGUGCGUGGGUGCGCGCCUGGGAGAGGCGAGUGCGCGCCCGGGAACACCCGAAACAAGGGCCCCACGCGUGUGUCUGGUUUUCCCAAAGUGGGCGGUGGAAAGUGCGAUUUUUUUUCUCCCGCCCUGUCGCUUCUCCUUUUCCAGUAGUGCUGGGGCCCCCGAGGAGAGGAAAAAGCAGCAGGCAAACACACGGAGGGAAAAAAAGAGUGCCGCAUGGUUCUGUUUGUCUACACUUCUGCUCCUCCUAGCACGCCCAUGUGGGACAUUUGUUUACACCGAAUGGCACUGUUCUCAGAGCGUCCUGGGGGACAGGUUUAGAGCCCCUGGGGACGCAGCCUGUCUGACUUCAUGUGCACAGCCGUUCACAUCUAGGACACACAGGCAGGCUGGCUCUCUCCGGGAGGCCCAGGGGUACCUCUGUGCUGUUUUGUCUGUGGAACUGAGACCCGGCUGCGUG